CCGACCGCCUGUGCAACCGCCUGGCAGAGAGCUUCCAUUUGGGAUUCUGGGGACCCGCGUCAGAGAGCGCGUCGGUGCAGUGAAAGUGCCAGGUUAAGCCCCGGCUCAGCAUCAACAUCGACAUUCCAUCUGCACACCACGCUCGCUUCCAUUGCCUGGGCGGUGCCACAGGUUGUCGCAUUGGAAAACGGUUUCAGAAUUGGUCAACUCCGGCUCGGAUGGAGACCAUUGCCCAAUGGCUACGUUGACCGAUAGAACAUAUUUUCCUCCCCUGGAGGAGUGUCUAAACGGCAAGAAAAUAAUUCUCUCAUGGCGCCUUGUUGCUUCAGCCCUCGAGGACGUGUCAUGCGACCGCCUCACUAGCACCGCCGUGUCGGCCUUCCUCCGAGACGGCUACGUCCAUCAGCUGCUUAGGAAACCCACCAGGACAUUUGCGCCGCCCACGAACCAAUCCAAGCUGGACUUCGAGACCAAGAGCGGCGCUAUCAAUGUCGUACAGUCGCCAAACGACCCAUACGACCUCGACACCGUCAAGGACGACGCACGAUGGCUAAGCAAAAACGCAAACAUUAACGAGGUCGCCGCUCUCCGCAUUGUGCUCGUUGAAUACCAGUCACGCGCCCACAGCCACCUCACCGGACCGCUAUCCACACAGGAUGUCGCCAACAUUCAGGAAGCGGCCGGGGUGGGGGAUGCGCAGGCUACGGCCAUCCUCGCUCUGCUGAGCGUCACAACAGCUGUCGAUGCCGAGUCCACGUGGGCCAACUUCGAGAGCGACACCAAGCGCCGCCAGCGCCUUCUUGCCACCUACCUCUCCGAGCGGCGAUCUUUCCUGGCCGCCGCGGAUGCGCUGCUCGCCUUUCUCCUGCACUCCCCCUCGUCAGGCACCGGCUCCGAACUGGACCCUUUGCGCGGCUCCGUCCUGAAGGAGGCCUUUGGUUUUGAUGAGAGCUCGGCGAAGCCUGAAACGUCCAGGCUUUACGCUCUGGCGCCGACAUAUCUCGGUACCUUGGAGGACUGUUUCAACCGGACCCAGGCGGCCCCGGAAUCACUCGACAGGGGGAUGCUGGAUGACCAGUUCGAGGUCGACUGGAUUAGGACAGCGCUGACCGAGGCUAUUCACGCCAUGUCGCUGGCUUUUCAAAUAUUGGAUCUGAGAUCCUCCAUGUUCGCAGCGCCCGAAAUCGUAACCCAGUGGUUUGCCCUGAUGGACGCCUGCGAGUUCUUUGAGCCGGUUGUUGGAGGCCAUGACCUCAUUGCCGAGCUCAUCUUACCCCUCCGCAGUCUCGUUACCUCCAUCUCCCUGAAGCUGCUCAACAUUGACCGGACGCUCUUAUACUUAGACCAGGACGUCGACCUUGUGGAGACCGAGCAGCCAUAUCUCGCAUCGUCAGACGCCCUGACCCAGAUCCACACCACCGUCUUUGCCGCCACCAAUGCCGGCUUGAUUACGACAAUGCCAAUUGUUUUUGCCUGGUCUCUCAUUUUGCACCACAUGCACCUCGGGUACCAAGAGCGAGCCGAGCGGCGCGAUCUCAUACAAAACCAGCGGGCGCAGGCCGGCUUUGAGCUCGAGUAUGAGCCCUCCGGCCGCCAGCGGAGGAACUCGGCCGGGAGUAUCGUCUCGAUUGAGGCAUCUCCUUACGAUGUCUUCCUUGCUUCCCAGCAGCUGGAACGAAGCAUUGAACCAGCGGAAACCAUGGCCAGGGUGGCCACUGCUCGAGGCCAGGUUUACGACCUGAUGGCGGAGAUGGCGGUAUGCCUGGGAAGCGGCCAGAUAGCCGCAUUUCGGCCGGUAUUGGGUGCCCGCGCCCGCUUGGCUUUCCAAGAUCUUCUGAAACGGAGUUCCCAUUACGUGGGGUACCAGUCGGAACCGGUCUCGUGUCUCCUAUCCGUCCUCUCAGGCGGCAGCCAGUUCUGGGACAUCUCUCCUGAGCCGCCAGCCAACAAAGCGGCUCUCGAUAUUUACAUUCGCAUGAUAAAGGACGACACCCUCAACCUUCAAUACACCUCGCAGUCACAGAGUCGCUUCCCCUACGAAUUCCUCCCCUUCUCUUCCAUCUGCCGCAUCUUGUCAGCUGCCUUGGCUUCGGACAAGGAGAACUCCGAGUUGUUCAUCUCGAUGCUCCUCAAAACGCCUAGUCUGACUGUCAACUGGGAUCCGCGGUGGGACAGGUCGUACGAGCUGGUAUUUGAGGAGGAGAAUACCAACUCCUUCCGUCUGACCAAAGAUAUCAAUCUCUUUGACUCGACCUCAAAAUCCAACAGGCAGUUCUCGCCCGAGGAGAGGUGCACAAUUCCCCGAGGAACAUUCGGCCGGUUCAUCACCGAUGUGGGGAGGGUUGCCAAGCUGGACUUUGAGCAUUCCGCCUUGGCUCUCCUAGGGAAGCGUCUCGAAGUGAAUCUCAUGGCUGGCGCCUACGACAGCGCGCUGGGGUAUUUAUCGGUGGACGAGCUGGUUGAGGGGAUAUCGCUUGUCGCAACAGUUCUGCGAACCGCGACCUUGAAGUCUUCCAAGUCAGACCCGGAUAGCGGCUUAAGGAUACUUACGGAAGCUAGCCGCUUGCUUCCCCGCGGCAAGGACAUUAUCAGCAUCAUAUGCGACACCCUGGACAGUUUGGUCGAGGAAGAGCUUGCGGAUCUGGAUGGGCCCAAGAUCGCGGCCUUAACAUCUUGUCUCCAGUUCCUGUAUGCGGCCCUCCCGAUUUGCCCUGGCCGGGUCUGGGCAUACAUGGCACGAUGUGCCCUUAUCAAUGGCGACACCCGCGCUGGGCGCUUAUCGAGAAUCACGGUUAAUCUCGACAUGUUUUCCGAGAGGUUCGACCUACUUUUGUCUGCCGUGAAGCUGAUCUCCAGCCUCGCCGAGAGCGCCAUGACUAGCGCUGUGCAGAGGAGGGUAGGGAGUGGCCUCCAUAACCGCUCCAAGGGGGGAGAGAAUCCGUGGCUUGGGGCUUCCGACAAGAUCAUCUCGCGGGUCUCUCUCUCAAUGGCGCAGACUGCUCUCGACGUUUUUGAGAAUUCCGCCACCUGGAGGUUCCCCUCUGAGGUCGACCGCAGCGUCCUGGUCCGGGACGUGGUAGGCAUCAUGCACAGCUUGGUUUCUUACACACAUAGUGUUGGGCCGGCUGAGGGGUCCAAGAGCUUGACGGGGCCCCUCGCACCCGCGGCUGGAUACAUCCUGGAGAGCUUUCUUGCCAGUUCGUCUAGCUCGCUGCGGUUCCAGCCUCUCUUGACCACUCUCCUGGCUGCCUUCCAAAUCCCUGACUCAACUCUCUACCGGCGGCGCACCCGGAUCGUGUCGGAGAGGCUGACAACGGUCCUCGCAUUUGCUACCACUCUUCUACGGGUCGCUGACUACCUGGAGAAACCCUCCUGUACCAUGCAAACGCAACUUUUCAAGUCUGCCUGCAUUGUCGCACGGCUACCAGCCCUCAUGCACUCCUUCAGGAUGCCCGCCAUCUCCCUCUUGAGUGCGCUUGUGGAAAGUGCCGGCAAGGGCAGCGGCGAGCCUCCAUCGCUACUAGGCUACCUGGGCCCGCAGAUAUCUCGGUCCUUCAUCCAGAUUGCUUCACAACUGGAUAAGCCAUUUGACAGGAUACCUGAGAUGGCGAGCACCUGGAAGUUCUUUUCAACCAUCCUGCGGAACCGGCAGCAGUGGAUGGCGAACUGCCUGCUCACGGGCAAGACGCCUCGGGAAGCCCUCAAGGGCGACGCCAAGAUCUCGCAGAUCUCCGCUGGCUCCGUGCUAUCAACGGCCAUGGAAAAGUUGCGCUCCAUCAACAACAUCCCGAGCCAAGAGAGUCUCGCCGUUCUCGACUUCUUCACGUCAGCGCAAAACUACUGGCCAUGGACAAUUUUCGCCAUGCAGAAAGACAAGGCCUUCCUGCAGGAUCUCCGAUUCUAUGUCCGCGAACUCAAGAGCCCCGCAGUCGUGUCCAGAGUCGACCCAGCCGAGGCUUGCUACCAGGCGAGGAUAGCGGCCUACAUUGCCGAGACGUUCGCCAUGCAGCUGUACCAUCUGCGCCAGAUGCGCCAGGAGCAGGGAUUCGCGACGGAAGUGGUGAAUGACCUGGAUUACUUCCUCCGUGAUGGGGUCCAGGUGUCGGAUUAUAACACGUCACUGCAUGCCAACUUUGCGCGAAACUUUGCCAAGCGGUAUCCGGGGUGUUUGGUCGAUGACUUCAAAAGGACUCUCUUGGUGCCGCGAGAUCUGGGGUCGCAGUAUUACUAUGCGCUGGAUUUCGCCGAGGCCAUGCUCAAUUACGAUGCUGGCUGGGCUGGGUCACGGCAGAACGGUUUUAAGCGAGAGAUGGAGACGGCCAACAUCAAUCUCUCUUUGGUGGAGGCUGAAGUGGCCCUGUUCCAUGCCUGGGAGUACCUACUCCUGGAGCUCAGUAUCUGCCUGCUGCCGAAGAACCAAGCUGUCGCGAGGCAGAUGUGGCAGGUGGCCAAGCAAUGCUUGGAGUCGAACCAGCGAGCUCAGCCGCCGGAGAACAUCUUUGUGGUGCUCGCUCACUCGCGCGCGAACCUGGCCCUGACAUUGUUGCAGCGACUGGACCGCUCCCUUUUGCCCAAGGACAUAUCGGAGCUUCUCUCGCUCAUUGCCGCCACCAUCAAUGGCGUCGAAAACCCAUGGAGCGAAGCACAAAUCUCCUACUUCCGCACCCUUCUCAAGAUCCUCUUUGUGAUCUUGCGCGGAGCUAAACUGCCCACCCAUGCCGCGUCGCAGAAGAUCGCCUCAGCGGAAAGCCCCGCCGCCGUCGCCCAGCUGGUCCUCACCAUCCUCGACCGGGUCGUGGCGCGGUCCUUCCGCACCCUCGCCGCCCUCGUGCACGAGCGCGACGCAGCCGCCACGCCCGAGGACCUCGCCCUGAUAACCGCCGUCCUGCAAGCGUGCCUCAGCGUCCCGGGCAUCGAGCAGUGCCAGCUGCAAGUGCUCAACAUCAUGUCGUCGCACGACGUCCUGCAGGUCGCCACGUCGCUCUUCUCGUGGGCCGACCGCCUCGCCGACAAGGGCGACCCCGUCUACGGCGAGCUGGCCCUCCUCCUCCUCGUCGAGCUCUCGGCCCUCCCCGCCCUCGCCGAGCAGCUCGCCUGCGACGGCCUGCUGGGCCAUUUGACGUCGGCCAACCUGUCGGGCUUCAUGCGCCGCGCCAACGUCUCCCCCUUUACUGACAACGCCGGCGCCGCACGGUGCUACGCCAUCUGGGCCAAGGGCAUACUGCCCUUACUUUUGAACGUCCUAGGCGCGCUGGGCGCUACCAUCGCGCCCGAGAUCGCCUUUGUGCUGAACCAGUUUCCCAACCUGUUGCGGUCGUCGGUCGACCGGCUUGAGGCGCCCGGGCAGAGCCGUACGUCCCGGGACGAGGCGCCGCACUUUGUGGCGCUCGUCGCCGUGUCCGAGGUGCACUCGCUUGCGCUGCUCACGAGGGUGCUGGCCGCGCUGCGGGCGAAUAAUAGCCGGGAUAUCCCCGAGGUGGCUGGGUGGGACGCGGGCGCGGUGCUGGAGAAUGUCGAGUUUUGGCUGGCGAGUCGGAAGGUGCUGAGGGAGAGGCUGCUGCCGCUGGGUGCCCGGGAGGUUGAGUGGAGGGGGACGAGGGCGAGUGAGGGGAGUGGGUGUGAGAAUCGGCUUGAGGAGAAGGCGGUGGCGUUGUUGGAAGGGGUGAGGGAUGUGUUGGCUGAGGAGGCGGAGUAAAGGGAUGGACAUUGUGUUUUUGUGGGUGUAUUAGGAUGUUUUCGUGGUUGCGAA